CGUUAGGUGGCUAAUCAUUUUAUUUGCGAUUAGAGAUAAAAUAAACAUUGAAACAGAUUUUAUUAAAUUCAAUCCUUAAAAUUGUCAGAAAAAUGUCGAGAAAACUCCAAUCUCUUAUCAUAAUAAUUGCAACAAUUAUUUUUGGUGCCUAUGUCAUUUCAGAUAAUUGUAUAUUUUGUAAAAUUAUUAAUGGUCAAUCUCAAGCUGAUUUUAUCUAUGAGGAUGAUGAUUUGGUAUGUUUCAAAGAUAUAAAUCCUGCAUCAGACCAUCAUUAUUUAAUUAUUCCAAAAAAACAUAUUAUAAAUGCAAAAGAAUUGAAACUGGAAGAUGAACCACUUUAUGAUAAGAUGGUCGAGACAGUGGAGGUCGUCGUAGCACAACAAGGACUUAAUUUAUCGUCUACUAGAACUGGAUUUCACUGGCCUCCUUUUAAUACUGUCAAUCAUCUGCAUUUACACGUAAUCUAUCCAAUAGAGAAUAUGAGUUUUAUCAAAAAACAAAUGUUCAAACCAAAUUCUUAUUGGUUUGUUGGUACUGAUUAUGUCAAGUCACGAUUCAAAUCUCUUAAAGAAUGAUAAAUGACUAAAGUUUCACAUUAUAUUGCUAAUCAUAAAAAUUUUUUAUAUAUAUUUAUGUAAUGUCAUUCAGCAUUUUUUCGUGAUGAAAUUUACAAUUGAGAAAAUAUUCUAUGAAUUUAAUAAAAGAAUUGAAGCCAUGUCAUUCGUUUUAAAUUAUAUACUGAAUGAAAACGGCUAACCAAAAAUAUCCUGGAUCUUUAGGCGCUAUAUAUUGUGCAUUUUUAAUAAUAGUAGGAGUUUCAAAGUGUUCAUGUUGUUGAUCUACAUAUUCGAUUAUACGUUUUUCUAUUGUUCCACUUAAACAAAUGUAAUCCCACAUUUGCAAAUGUUGAACCAUUUCGCAAAGGCCAACUCCUCCAGCAUGAGGACAUACAGGAACUAUAAAUGCAAUACAAUUACAUAUUCAAUGUAAACAUAUAAACUUAUACAUGUAAUGAAAAUUUUAAUCGAUCAAUAUUUGAUGAGACUAAAAAUAAAAAGCAAAAGAAGAACAUUAUAAAACAUUAA